GUGUAUCGACGUGACGUCCGAGCCGGACGACUCUCCGUUUGUCGUUCCGGUCUCGAUGCAGGACGGCGAAACGAUGCCUGACGACGCGGCGGGGAAACCAAAGAUACUGUCUGAUUCGGUGGCUACAAUGCAAGGCUGCCCUACUCCUGCAACGACUAAUUCUGCCAGCGGCACGCCACUAACGUCACUGCGUCUGGAGACAGAAGGCGGCAAGCGAGGUCUAGAAAGACUGGUCAAUAAUGUAUACCAAAUCCUUCGGCAACAGUUCUUGGUUCACUUCUUUACUGUCUUCGCUUGCCGCGACCACGCAUGGCUGCUCCGAUGGGAUCGCGCCGGCCUCGUUAUCUCAGAACCGUUCAACUUCAUCAAGGAGCCCCUAACCUUAUACACUUUUCUCUAUCGGUUCGCCUGCAUGAAUGAUGCGCAGCGUGGUCGUGACCUCACAGUGGUACCGGCGAGCGAGGAAGAGGUCGAGCUCAUGCGCAGUGUCGACAAGUUUGAAACCCAGUGGCACGAGAGCCAGUUUGCGGCCACGCUGGUACCAGGAUGGCCGAUAUACAAAAUCCUCGUACCUGAACACGACGUGAUAUCGAAAGCUGUGCUUAGGAAGGGCAGCAGCAAGGCGCAGGGCAAUACCAAGGGGUCAAGGAAUCGUGUGCGCAGGUUUCUAGUAGGUGCACCGUGUUUCAUGAACAAGUCCGUCAUGGGGCGGGCGACGAGAUGUCAUAUCGCGUACGACGUUGCAGAAGACCGGCUCGUCUUUUUCAAGGAGUACUGGCGUACCGAUACGCCAACAUCGCAUCCGGAGGGAGAGGUAUACCUGCGCCUGCACAGCAAGAACGUGAGUUACAUAGCGACACCGCUCGCAGCUGGCGACGUUCGCGUCAAGGGAGGCAGACAUCAGACGCGCUCCCAGGACUUCAUCAAGGGAUCGGAUCCAAAGCUCGUACAAUAUCGCCUCCUCCUGAAGGAGAUCGCUCGACCUCUCAAAGACUAUGAGGAUUCGCUCCAGCUUGUCGAGGUCAUCUAUCAGUGUUUGCGAGCUCAUGAGGAAGCAUGGGAGCGGGCUGGUGUUCUGCAUGCAGACAUCAGCACCGAGAACCUGCUGAUUCAAUGGUACACGGAGAAUGGAGAACUGAAGUACAAGGCGUUGUUGGCCGAUUGGGGACUGUGCAAGUAUAUUGAAGAGAUGGAUCAACCGGUUGUAAAGGCGUCUCGCUGCGGUACAUGGCCAUUCAUUUCCGCUGUGCUGUUGGUUUAUCCGACGCGCUUCGUCCAGGGAGUGUCACACGAUUUGGAAUCAUUCAUACACGUCCUCCACUGGAUGUGCCUGAAGUUCCACAACACGGACUACUCCCGCAUCCCUUUGCGACUGCGUCGGCAUGUUGCCAUUCUCUACAACGAGCGUGAUGGGCAAGUGCAGGGACAGUUUACCGGCGGCUUCGAGAAGAUGAAACACAUGCAAGAUGGCCGCGUACCUUUUGCGCUUGAAGGAGGCUCCGCGAAAGGGAAGUGUGUCGGCCUCCACAUGCUAUUGGGGAAACUCGCAGCGCUGUACAAGGAACAUUAUGCGUGGCUUAAACCGCAAUUUCCGAGCUCAAACCCGCCCACGUCGCCCAAGCGAAGCGUACUCCGAGUCAGUGUCGUGCGUGGGCAACUACCACCGGCAAGGGACUCGGCCCCCGAGCCGCCAGACUCGGAGGAAGCCACGACAGUAGAGAAGCCCGCAAAGCCCGUCCUUCAGUCUCAUAAGCAGAUCAUCGCAGUGUUUGGGAAGGUGCUGGCCAUGGCGGAGGAUGGGUGGAUUUUGGACAAGAAAACUGAAGACAAAUUCGCGCCGUACCGCAGUGACGAGAAGACUGCCUCGAAAGUCGAGGCGACGCUGUCGGGCGAAGCCGAGUCUUCUGAGGAGCACAUGUCCGUGGAAGGUGUACCCAGCAAGCGCGUCAGAAAGAAUGGUAACAGCACGGCUGCGUAGAGCACAUCUGUCUCAAGCUCGGGAACGGAUACUUAGUAUCGAGGGCUGAUUUCGAUCGAACGGUCGAAGCUCUAUUCCGGUGCCACUGGUUGACCUCUGCUUCGCUGUAGUGCACGAAAGGUCCUGGGAUGGUUGUACGAUGGUUGUCAUGGUGGUAUUAUUUUUCUGUAUUAUACAUUGGACGUCCAGAAAAGUUGAAGCAUGUAUCGAGCGUGUCACUAGUGCUGUUUCUGACUUCGAGAGCUCGAGGAAAGUCGCGUGAAGAUCAGGUGACCGCGAAAGUUGAGCGCUUCAGCGGAGAAGAGUGCGUUGCG